GUAGCGGCCUGGGUUGGGCUUUGUAGCUGCUCCGGAGGCCCAGCCCGGGCCGCGCUCGCAGAGUCCUAGCCGGUGCGCGGCCUCCUGUCUCCCUCCUCGGCGGUCGCGGCCCGCCGGCCUCCGCGAUGCCCGCCUUCUCUCUCAGGGUGCCUUCUCUCUCAGGGUACCUUCCUUCCGCAUGCGCGCUCCUCCGCCCUCCUCUCCCCUCUGUAGUCCUGUCCACCACGGGCGCCCUCGGGGCUUGCAUUUGCCACUCCGGUAAUUUAUACUGUUUGUUCUUUUCCAUGGCCAAUUGAGGAGCUCAAGCUCGGGAAAAUGGUGUGCAUUCCUUGUAUCGUCAUUCCAGUUCUGCUCUGGAUCUACAAAAAAUUCCUGGAGCCAUACAUAUACCCUCUGAUUUCCCCCUUCGUUAGCCGUAUAUGGCCUAAGAAACCAAUACAAGAAUCCAACGAUCCAAACAAAGGCAAAGUGGACUGUAAGGGUGCUGACAUGAAUGGAUUACCAACAAAAGGACCAACAGAAAUCUCUGAUAAAAAGAAAGACUAAAGCAGUUUUCCUAAAGGACCUCAUCAUUUAAAAAAUGGACCUGAUAAUAUGAAACAUCUUCCUUGUAACUGUCUCUGACCUUUUAUCUGAGACCGGAAUUCAGGAUAGGAGUCUAGAUAUUUACCUGAUACUUAUCAGGAAAUACAUGAUAUCUGUAUUUACAAUGUAGUUAGUUAUAUUUAAUGACCUCAUUCCUACGUUCCUUUUUCAUUAAUGUAGCUUUCAUUUCUGUUGUUGCUGUUUGAAUAAUAUGAUUAAAUAGAAGGUUUGUGCCAGUAGACAUUAUGUUACUAAAUCAGCACUUUAAAAUACUCGGUUCUCUAUCUAAUUCAUAGGAAUUUGACUGCUGUUUGCUCUACUUUCUUUGGGCUCUUCUAAUUUGAGUGGAGUACAAUUUUACUGUGAAACAGUCCAGUGAAACUGCAGGGAAAUGCAGGAGGAAUCUUGGGAGGUAAUAAUGAUGUGAAACAUAAAGAUAUAAUAAUUACUGUCCAACACAGUGGAGCAGCUUGUCCACAAAUGUAGUAAUUACUAUUUAUUGCUCUAAGGAAGAUAAAAAAAGAUAGGGGAAAAGGGGAAACGUCUCUGAAAAACGAAACAUCUUUUACAUAAAUGUCUAAUGUAAUUAUAAAAUGUUAAUCCUUACUGCAUUUCUUCUGUUCCUACAAAUGUAUUAAACAUUCAGUUUAACUGGUA